AUGUCGUGCUUUCAGUUGGACUGUGAAUGUGACUACAAAGAAUUCAAACGAACAAUAUACUAUCACGCGGAAGACUUUACCAUCCCAGAUUGUUCGCCCGCAUCACACUUUAGCGUGUGCGAACGGGUCUAUGAAAAGGCUGUGAAGGAGUUGAAGGCGAGAAAUUUUGAUCUUGCUGCCUUCUAUUUUGCCCGAUGCAUGUCGAUUAUCGAAAGGGCCAAUCUUCGACCGCAAGUGAGUGGUGCAAAAAAACUAAUGUGGAAUUGUUUAGAAGCUCUGGAACGGUUAGAUAAAAAUGAGUUGUUGGAACAUCACUCCAAAUUGCUACAAAAGGUUAGGCAACAUGAGGAAGAAAGGAAGCGUAUUGUCGAACAACAACUUCUUCCUGAUGAAGGUGAGCAAGAAUCAUUGGAAGAUAGGCAUCUCAGGCGACAGCAAGAGCUUUUGCUGAAUGAGAAUACGGUAGUAGAUGAUGCAUUAAAAAGAAUAAGAAAUGUACAAAUACCUACACCGUACUCUCAAACCAAUAAGGAUGUGCAACCCUAUUGGCAUAAACCCAGUGUUGAGCAACUUGAGAUUAAGAAGAAUCAGAUUGCUCCCCCAAGAAGGAUUCCAACUAUAUCACCUAACGCUUACCUUGUUUGGAAAUUUAAUGUUGGCUCUUUUUCUGUCUCUACCCCUAGACGGGGGAUGGUGAAUCUGGGUAACACUUGCUAUCUUAACAGUGUUACUCAAAUGCUUUCAGUGACUUCCCUAGGAGCGUAUUUUCUUCGAGAUGAUUACACAAAAGACAUUGUUGGGGCUGAUAAAGGAGAAGUAAGGCUUGUGAAUUCCUUUACAUAUAUACUACGUGAACUACACCGAACUGAUUUUGCCACUCCAGCUAGUCCAUCACAUUUUAAAGAUUCUAUCGGCGGUCUUUAUACUUCAUUUUUAGGUUACUCACAACAAGAUGCAAAUGAAUUUCUUCGUCUUUUGUUGGAUGGUAUUCAUAACAGCUUAAAUGAUCGGAAAAGGUUGGAUAAUAAUAUUUCUGAGGUGGAUACAACAAAUGGCAGUGAUGUGGAAAUAUCGGGGCGUACAUGGUCUCAAUAUAAACAAAAGAAUAAUUCAGUGAUUGUAGAUGAAUGUGCAUUUCAAGAACGAAGUUCAAUUGUAUGCCCUUCUUGCCACCAAAUUAGCAGGACUUUUACCCCUUCAUUAGGGUUAGAAGUGCCUAUCCCUUCUUCUUCGGGUCGGGUAAGCAUCGAAGAUUGCCUAAAAGCAUACUGCAAAGAAGAAGUACUGGAUUCAGAGUCAUUAUACACAUGUCCAUCUUGUAAACAACGUGUUAAUGCGUCAAAACAACUUUUGAUAUACUCACUACCCAGGAUAUUGUUUUUGACCAUGAAACGGUUUCGCAGUUAUGGUGAUUUUUCAAACAAAGUUCUUGAACCUGUGGUUUUUCAGAAGGAACUAAAUAUGUCUCCUUUCAUGUGUUCUCCUGGAAAAAAUACAAAUUAUACCCUUGUUGGAGUUGUGAAUCAUCGAGGAAAUAUUCAUGGUGGACAUUAUACCGCAGACUGCCUUGGUGCUGAUGGUAUCUGGUUUUCAUUCAGCGAUGAAAGAGUCUCCAGGGCCGACAGUCCAGACUUUCAACUUGCGUAUAUAUUGUGCUAUAGGCGCAGUGAUUGA